AUGGGCGAUUACGAUCAACGAUAUCAGCGAGGUCUUUACCUGUCCCCAAAUCAACAAGACCUCCUGCUUGCCGCUCUUUCUUCCAAUAACCCGGAUCACACGCAUCAGAAUGGGACUCCCCGGAUCAAGACUAGCCAGAGCCCGGACCAAAAUUCGUCCGGCCUGAGCGCCCCUCCGUCGGGCGGGUACGAAAACACCCCCCAUGUGAAUGCCUAUGGUUUCGGAGACGACGAAAGCCCCUUCCUUGACUUUACUCCCGACGUCGAUUUCGACUUCCCCGGCUCGGCUGAUCUCAUCGAGACUGGAAAGAAGCGCAGAGAGAGUGAGGCCAAGAAGCCUGGCAGGAAGCCAUUGACCUCGGAGCCCACUACGAAGCGCAAGGCACAGAACCGUGCCGCCCAGCGAGCUUUCCGCGAACGAAAGGAGAAGCACCUGAAGGAUUUGGAAGACACAGUGGAAAAGCUACAAAAGACCUCGGACACGGCCAACCAGGAGAAUGGUUUGUUGCGUGCGCAGGUUGAGCGUUUGCAAGUCGAGCUCCGUGAGUACCGGAAGCGCUUGUCUUGGAUGGCUUCAGGGACAGGUAACGGCAUCUCGGCUAUGAGCUCAAACUCAAUCCCGAAUGCUCCGUCCAAAGGCUCAUAUGGCCUUCAAAAUAACGAGUUCCUGUUCGAUUUCCCCAAGUUUGGUGAUUUGCCGGGCGGUCAUCUCUUCAAUGGACAGGCCAAAGAUCAAUCCAAGUCCAAUCAAAAGGCCAAUGACAACAACAACCGCGCACCCGGUGUCUUGGGUCGCGACAGUCUGAAUAAUGCUUCGCGACCUUACGGUGCUGGCUAUGCCUCGUCAAACAGCGCAAAGUCGGAUGGAACCUCCCACAGAACCCCCCACAGUGCUACUUCUGCUAAAACUUCUUACUCUGGGUUGAAGUCCUCAGCACCGACACACGACAACACCAACUCGGAUUCUCCUUCGUCUUCCUCCGAUUCGCACCAAAGCCAGCUGCUCUCGUCUAACGGCACAUCUCCUGAGCCAAGCUUGAACUCUCCCCCAGAUGGCAAACAGCACGAAUUGGGACCGGGUGACACCUGCGGAGGGCACCUUACCAUCGAUGCAUUGCGGGAUAGCAAGGGCAAGUCCCACAGUUUUUCAAGUAGUCUGCCUCCAGCUGAGGCCACAGGUCCAGCUGAUGAUACUCAAGAUCUUGGAAUUGAUUGGCUGGCCCAUCAAAAUGGCGGCCAGUUCGACCCGGUGCUCUUUGGCGACUGGCGAGAGCCUCAGGACGCUGUGCUCUCUCAAGACUUUGGCUCAUUCUUCAAUGAUGCCUUCCCUCUGCCAGACCUGGGCAGUCCGUCUCACAACCUCAGUGAAGUCGCCACUGACUCGGCACCUAAGAAGAGUUUGAUCAGCCUGAUUGACAGCAAGCAAGAGGAGGAUGAAGUUGUUCCAGGAGAAGACAAGUCGCAGAUGUUGUCAUGCACAAAGAUUUGGGAUCGUCUCCAAUCCAUGGAAAGAUUCCGCAACGGCGAGAUCGACGUCGACAACCUUUGUUCCGAGCUCCGCACCAAGGCACGCUGCUCUGAGGGCGGUGUGGUCGUGAACCAGAAUGACGUUGACGACAUCAUGGGCCGAGCCAAAUAG